AGAACGGAGGACUAUUACAGCACCAAAGUUUAGUUUUUCACUCACAAAUUCGAAAAAAAAAUUCUGUUUCUUUUUUUUUCUGAAAAAGAGAAGAAAAGGGUGUUGAGAAUUAGUGAUACUGAUGAUGAUUCUUUGGUUUUGAGAAUUUUUUGGGGUGUUUUAGUGUAGAAAGGGGAGAGAUUUGAGGAAAAAGGUGAAAAACAAGAGAAGAAAAGGGUGUUGAGGAUCAGUUAUUGUGAUGAUUUUAUGGUUCUGAGGAAUUAAUUUUGGAGUUUUUGGGUGUUUGAAGGGGGAAUUAGUUUGGGGUUGUGUGGUGUUUUGAAGGAGGAAAUUGAGGGAAAAGGGAUAUGUAUACAGGAGGUUUAGGAGGGCCAAUGAGAAAAUCAUUUAAAGAUUCUAUAAAAGUUCUUGAAGCUGAUAUUCAACAUGCCAAUACACUUGCAUCUGACUUUUCGGGGGAGUAUGAUGGUGCUUGCUUACAGAUGCGAAUGUCAUACAGUCCUGCAGCACACAUCUUCCUUUUCUUAGUGCAAUGGACUGAUUGCCAUCUUGCUGGUGCCCUUGGUUUGUUGAGAAUUCUUAUUUACAAGGUACAUGUCGAUGGCACCACAACCAUGUCAACUCAUGAAAGGAAAGCAAGCAUUAGGGAGUUCUAUGCUGUUAUUUAUCCCUCUUUAGUUCAACUUGAAAGAGGUGUCACAGACUCGGAUGACAAAAAACAAAACGCAGUUUGCCAGGAGAGAUACAAGAGACGAGAUAGUGAGGAUUUCAGAAAAGCUUAUGAUCUGGACAUUGAAAGGGAAGAUGAAUGUGGAAUUUGCAUGGAGGUGAACAGCAAAAUUAUCCUUCCCAACUGCAAUCAUAUAAUGUGCUUGAAAUGCUAUCGUGAAUGGCGUUCGAGGUCACAGUCAUGCCCCUUUUGCCGCGAUAGCUUAAAAAGGGUGAGCUCGGGGGAUCUGUGGGUGUAUAUGGACAGCAAAGAUGCAGUCGACAUGACAACAAUUACGAAGGAGAAUCUAAGAAGGUUGUUCAUGUAUAUAGAGAAGUUACCAUUGAUCAUGCCGGAUAAUGUUUUCGACACAUAUGAUGAUACUCAUCUAAGGUAAAACAGAAAUAGCCUAUUGGUUGUCUUGUUGAAAUUGUUCAAAUGCAAGAUUUAGAAAAUGGAGGUUAUGGCAUUGGAUUUGGUGAUGCUGGAUUAGACAUGAAGGUGGUGGUUCCUUUUCCACUACCUUGUGAUUAGAAGAAAUCCAGCCUGUAUUAUUUGGAGCAUAUAGAGAGGCGGAGCUAGGAUUUGAACUUUCAUGCAUUCUAUUGAAAUUCUAGGAUGGUAACAUCGAAUUUAUGUACAUACAUAGCACAUUUCUCUUGAUACAAACACAUGGUUUGACUAAAGCUACUAAGUUCAGAUGAACUCGUAUAUUGGCCUCUAGCUCCGACCCUUUUCGGGAUUGAGAAGCUAAGUUGGAUUUAGCUAAAAAGAGCUUUAUAAUGCUGUUUUAUACACAUGCAUGUAACAGUUGCUUCUUAAGAUUACUA